CUCUCCACACACACGGCAUCAUCCAGGAAGAAACCCCGGAGCGAGAAGCAGUGACAGUCGGCGAAUGAACGACUCCUGCCGACCAUAAAGAAGCGUUUUCAGGAGUUUCCUUCUUCUUAUGCUGCUGUUCGGUCGGAGCCACAGUCACCAUGCUGAUUAAAGAGUUCCGGAUUGUCCUGCCCAUCUCGGUGGAGGAGUACCAAGUGGGGCAGCUGUACUCGGUAGCAGAGGCCAGUAAGAGUGAGACGGGUGGAGGAGAAGGUGUGGAGGUGCUGGUCAACGAGCCCUAUGAGAAGGAUGGAGAGAAGGGACAGUACACCCACAAGAUCUACCACCUGCAGAGUAAAGUACCGGGUGUGAUCCGUGUGCUCGCUCCCAAAGGUUCUCUCGAGGUUCACGAGAAGGCCUGGAACGCGUAUCCCUACUGUCGAACCAUCCUUACAAACGCCUACAUGAAAGACAAGUUCAUGAUUAAGAUCGAGACAUGGCACAAGCCGGAUAUGGGGGAUCAGGACAAUGUACAUGGACUUGAAAAGAAUGCGUGGAAAGACACUGAGGUUAUUCACAUUGACAUUGGGGAUAGAAAUUCUAUAAGUGCAAAGGACUACAACGCAGAUCUGGAUCCAGCCAUCUUUAAGUCAGAGAAGACCGGUAGAGGGCCUCUGACACCAGGCUGGCAGAACGAACUCGCCAACAACCCCAGCUGUCCACACAUGUGCGCGUAUAAGCUAGUGACCGUUGAAUUUAAGUGGACAGGACUACAGGGCAGGAUGGAAAGUUUCAUCCAAAGGGUGGAGAAGCGUUUGUUCAACCUCUUCCACAGACAACUGUUCUGCUGGAUCGACAAAUGGAUUGACCUGACGAUGGACGAUAUACGACGCAUGGAGGAGGAGACGAAGAAAGAGCUGGAUGAGAUGAGGCAGAACGAUGAAGUUAAAGGCACGUCAGCUGAGGAUUGAUGGAAACCGACCUGAUCAGGCUGAUACUGGAGGAGCUGACUUUACACUGAAAGCCCAGACUCCACUCCUGACUGACUGGAACUACAGCAGCUUGAUAGGCAUAAUCAAGAACACCACACUCACAUCCUAAUAAAAGGUUGCUCAUAUUAAGAGCUUAUUAUUGUAAAGUCAUGCACUACAUUUGAAAACGAUUACAGAUUUCUUUUUUUUUCUUUUUGUGGUAAGAAAGAUCAGUUUUGAAGAAGAAGUCUUCCUGUUUAUGCCCAUUCUGUCAUCUUAAAAUGUAAAACAAUAGGGUAAAGGUGUGGGUUGUCUCUGUAGCAACAUUACUGAUUACUGUCCUCAUGUCCUCAUUUACUGGCAGCCAUUGGUUUUGUUGCACUCCUUGAUUUUUUUUUGUUUUUUGAUUGAUCUAUUGUUUACUGACCAGAGCAAGGAACAUUUUCCUCCAGUCUUCUGUCUAAAUUUACAAAUCCUCCAGCGUUACUAAGAUUUUAAAACUUUUUUUUUUAAAACUUUCAAACUUCCCAUGGAAACAAUUUCCUAAUUUUGUAAAGUGUACUUUUUGCUCUGUUAUGUCACGUUUCCUUAAGCAUUUUGAUUCAUCAUGACGUGGUGACUGGAGGCGCUGCAGUGAAAAUAAACCUCAGUGAUUUACAACUAUGACAUUUACUAAUCUGACUGCUCCUGCUGCUGGUCUGGUGGUCAACUCAGCCUCACACAAUGAUUCCAGGUGCUUUUUAAAAAUGUAUACCUUUGGGUUGAGGUGUUGAGCGUACGUGUUAAUAAUAUAUAAAAGAACCUGAACAGAUUUCAAAAUGAUUGACACAUGAAGCGACUCUGUCUCGAUGACUGUUCAAAUAUUUGGUUGUUGUGAGUCUUGUCCUUUGAUUUUAAAGUCAUGGAUUACAUGAAUGUGUAGUUUAUUAAAGACGGUGUAUUUGUUCCUUG